AUGGUGCAUCAUUCAGGAAUCGUUAAGGUGGUAAGAUUGCAUGAAAGUGAUCAUCGAUGGAAGGACGUGUGGAAGGCACCUAGGUAUCAAUGCGAUUCUUAUGGAUGGUGUGGUGCUUAUAGCACAUGUGAGCCUACUGAUGUUGACGGAUUCGAAUGUGCGUGUCUACCUGGGUACGAACCCAAGAAUCCAAGGGACUGGUUGCUGAGAGAUGGAUCAGGUGGUUGUGUCAGGAAGCGUCAAGAGUCUUCCUCAGUGUGCGGGCAUGGAGAAGGGUUUGUGAAAGUGGAAAUCAAAUUGCUUCCUGAUACUUCAGCAGCAGUUUGGAUAGAUAUGAGCAUGAGUCGUGCAGAUUGCGAACAGGAAUGCAAGCAGAAUUGUUCAUGCUCAGCAUACGCAAGCAUAGAUAUUCCUGGUAAAGGGAGGGGUUGCUUGACAUGGUAUGGUGAAUUAAUAGACACAGUUAAAUCUGAGAAGAAUGACAGAUAUGAUCUGUAUGUUCGUGUUGACGCACUGGAAUUAGGUACAGUACCUAUUCCUGCUGAGUAUGCAAUAAAAUCAAAUGGUUCUCUUGAAAGGAAGCAGAUGCUGGCAAUACUUGUACCAUCUGUCGCUUCAGCAUGGUUUCUCAUUAGCCUCUGUGCUUAUUUCUGGCUUAGGAAGGGAGGAGGAAAAGUUCCGACCCUUAAUCUUCGACGUCACUGUCACUGUCCACCGCCAAUUAGAACCAUUCAAUACUCUGACUUUAAUGGGGUCGGAGCUCUAGAUUUGGUGAAAUCAGCUGACCAGAUUCGUGCUGUUCCCAUUCACGAGUGCUAA